UUAUUUAACUGACGUUGACGUUUGUGACUGUUGACGCUUCACAUAACCUCAAUUUUUGAAUUAUAAUAGUUAAAAAUGUGUCAAAACUUGACAAAGCUCAAGUUAAUAACAAAACAUUAAGUGUAUAAGUGUAUAUUAUAUUUUGUUAUUCCACCAAAAUUAGAAUAAACAUAUAAUCUUAGAACCAUGGCUAGAAACGCAGAAAAAGCGAUGACAACAUUAGCCAGAUGGCGUGCUGCCCAAGUUCAAGAAGCUGGAGGGCAACGGGAGCGAAGGCCGUAUCUAGCAUCUGAAUGUAACAGUCUACAACAAGCAGAAAAAUGGAGACUGCAAAUAGUGAGAGAAAUUGCCAAAAAGGUGGCACAGAUACAAAAUGCUGGUCUUGGUGAAUUUCGAAUUCGCGACCUGAACGACGAAAUCAACAAACUUAUGAGAGAGAAACGACAUUGGGAAGUACAAAUUAAAUCUCUCGGAGGUCCUGAUCAUGCUCGAGUCGGUCCAAGGAUGUUGGACCAGGACGGCAAAGAGGUGCCGGGUAAUAGAGGGUACAAAUAUUUUGGAGCUGCAAAAGACUUGCCAGGUGUCCGCGAGUUGUUCGAGCAGGAGCCGCCGGCGGCGCCGCGCCGGACGCGAGCUGACCUCAUGAGGGAUGUGGAUGCUGAUUACUACGGAUACAGAGACGACGAGGACGGACUACUGCUGCCGCUUGAGAGAGAAGCAGAGAUAGAUGCUAUAGCCAGGGCAGUUGAUGAAUGGAAGAGAAAUAAAGACGAGACGAGAGAUCAAGACAUUCCAGAGGAAGAAAAUAUUUACCCAGAAGAUCCUGAAGAUAAGAGAAUAAUAGAUGAAGACGAGGACGGAAAACCCGCGGUGACGUCACACGUUGCAGUCCCCUCCCAGAAGGAUGUAGAAGAAGCACUUUUAAAACGGAAGAAGCAAGAACUACUAGAAAGAUAUGGUUGUUUAGAUGUUAAGAUGGAGGGCAGCUAACCUUUAAGGAAAUAUAGAAUAUGUUUCGCGAA